AUGCACAGCCCACUCACUGUUAAAGACCACAACAAGACUGUGACGGUGAAGCUCGGUGAAACAGUCAAGAUUUUACUGAACGGCAACCCUACCACUGGCUACACAUGGACGCGCGCUGGUUUCCUGGGCAUGGAAUCGCUCAGUGAUGAGCACCUGGAGGUGACUUCCAAGUACACGCAGUCACCCACCCCGAGUGGGAUGGUGGGGGUCGGUGGCUCCUUCAUGGUGACAGUGACAACAAAGACGAAGGGCCAUAACACGCUGGAACUGGUCUACAUCCGCCUCUUCGAGGGCAUCAAGCUGGACAGUCAGAAGUUCACGUUGCACUUUAUAGUGGAGUAG